AUGAGCUGCUGGACUGUAUGCUACAUUCACGAGGAGGUGACUGCGGCGGAUUAUAUUGCCAUUCAAGCCGAUGAAACAUCUGACGUGUCUGUCCAGUGCCAACUUGCCCUUGUACUUCGCUACAUCGAUCGCUACAAUGUCAUUCAAGAGCGCUUUUUUGAGUUCAUACCGAUUGAAAACGCGAAUGCUGAAAACAUCGCUCAAGCACUUUUGGAAAGGAUGAGUGCAUUGAUCCCACCCAAAGACAAGACAAAAUUAAUAGCUCAAGCUUAUGACGGAGCGAGCGUUAUGCGGGGUGCCACUGGAGGAGUUCAGCGUAAAGUGAUGGAUGUGUAUGAAAACGCACACUACGUACAUUGUUACGCACAUCAGCUCAAUCUGGUAAUGCAGCAAGCCACCUCAAAGAUACCCAAGGUCUCCACAUUUUUUUUGGAGCUAGGUGGAUUUUGUGCAUUUUUUUCAAGGUCGCCCAAACGGACCAGCGUGCUUGAUGAUGUUGUUGGCAGCAGACUUCCGAGAGCGUGUGCAACAAGGUGGAACUUUCACAGUCGCUCAGUGAACACUGUAUAUGAGCACAGGGAUGAUCUUCUGAAGUGUUUUAAGACCAUUCAGGACUCUGGGAACUUUGAUGCUGUGACUGUGAGAGAAGCAGGAGGGUUUGUGAGGAUGCUGGAGGAUGGUACAUUUUGCUUUUUUCUCCAACUAUUUCACAAAAUCAUGCCACACGUCGACAUGCUCUUUCAGCAGCUUCAGAAACGAAACAUUGACCCCAUCUUCAUCAAAGCUGCCAUCUGUAAUUUUGCCGACAGCAUUAGAAACAUCAGGUCUUCCAUAUUCACUGUGCAAGAGGAGAUUCCAGCUGCCAAGCGACAGAGGACACUGGGGCCCGCAGAACAACAUCGGAUUGCUAUUGAGGUGUGUGAUACCAUCUGGGCUCAGACAAAGGAGCGCUUUGCGUUCACUGGGCACCUUGUGAGUUCAACACUGCUGCAGGGAGAGCUGUUCUCACAGCAUGCUAAAACCUUUCCAAGUGCUGCAUUGAAUGCCACUGUGGAGGCCUAUCCGAUGCUGAACAAGGCUAGACUGAAGACAGAACUAUCCUUGGUCUAUGAAAACCCGGAGUUUGAAAAGUGUAGUGGUGCAGUGCCUCUGUAUCAGUUUUUUAUGGAGAACAACCUUCAGUGCACAUUUUCAGAAACUGUUAAUCUUCUGAAAAUCCUUAUCACUACUCCAAUGACAUCAGCAGAAUCUGAAAGAUGCUUCUCCACUCUAAAAAGAAUCAAAACGUUCCUAAGGAGCACAAUGUCUCAAGAAAGACUGAAUGCCCUUGCCAUGCUUUCUAUGGAGAAAAAGAUUGUGAAAGACAUGCCCAACUUCAACAACAAAGUUAUUGAUAGGUUUGCAACCCAGAAAGAAAGGAGAGCCAAAUUUCUUUACAAGUGACAGUGCAUAAUCAUCUCGGCUGCUUCUCACCAUCAGGAACUCAGCAUCUCGUCUGCUCCUACAGGGACAUAACAGCAUCUCCACUACUCCUUCAAGCACUCAGCAUCUCCACUACUCCUUCAAGCACUCAGCAUCUCCUCUGCUCCUCAAAGCACUCAGCAU